AAACUAAAAAAAUUUAGCGCUAAAAUUAAAAGGCUCUCAAAUAUCUGGCUGCCCACCAUACCUGAACCUCUGUUUUCGUCUUUGGCUGUGAAAAUUUCUGAAUUAGUCGAGCAAAUGCUAUCAUUAACGUGUCUGUCAUUGGAUAUUGCUACUUUAUUUCACCAACCGUCUCUUGUACAAUCUUCAAAACCCAAAUUCACUUCAAAAACAAUAAUCAAGAACCAACCAACAACUACAACAAAAAUACAUUCCUUCUCUUACAAGAACGAUACCCAUUCACGAAGAACUUCAAAUUUGUGCUAUUUAACCAAGUUUGAUUCAUACCCAGAUGCUGAUUCGCUGGAUGCACAAUGCUCAACUGGUUCUACUAAUUACAGUCUGCUUGCGCUUUGGCUUCGGUCCUGUUAUAGCGUAAAGGAUGUAAAAAGAGUGCACGCGGUUGUUUUAAAGUGUUUGAAGAAUUCUAGUACUUAUGUAAAUAACAAUUUGAUUAGCAGGUAUGUGAAACUAGGGGAAUUAAAUGAGGCGCGGAAGGUGUUUGAUGAAAUGCCUGAACGAAAUGUUGUUAGUUGGACUGCUAUGAUUAAUGGGUAUGUUGGUUUUGGGUUGGAUGAUGAAGCUUUGAGGUUGUUUAGUGAGUUUGUAGAUAGUGGGAUUGCAGGGAAUAGUAGGACUUUUGUGUGUGUGCUGAAUUUGUGCGGUAAAAGGUGUGAUUUUAAGCUCGGGAGUCAAAUACAUGCCUGUGUUGUAAAGGGUAAAUGGAGGAAUUUAAUUUUGGAUAGUGCUAUUGUUUCGUUUUAUGCUCAAUGUGGCGACUUGAAAAGCGCCUUUUUUAUUUUUGAUCGGAUGAUGGAAAAGGAUGUGGUUUGUUGGACAAGCUUGGUUAGUGCUUGCUCGCAACAGGGACAUGCAGAGGAGGCUUUUAGGAUGUUUUCGCAAAUGCUGAGUGAUGGAUUUUCGCCUAAUGAGUUUACGGUAUGUGCAGUUUUAAAGGCUUGUGGAGAAAAGAAGGUGUUAAAGUUUGGGAGACAAUUACAUGGUGCCAUAGUUAAGAGGAUGUAUAAACAUGAUAUUUUUAUCGGAAGCGCUUUAGUGGAUAUGUAUGCGAAAUGUGGGGAGAUGAUAGAUUCUAGAAAAGUGUUUAUUGGAAUGAGGAAUAGAAAUACGGUUACAUGGACUUCUAUUAUAGCAGGGUAUGCUAGGCAAGGGCUUGGUGAAGAAGCCUUAUGUCUCUUUCGAGUGAUGAAGAGACGGAAGAUUAUUUCUAACAAUUUUACUGUUGUGAGCGUUCUUAGGGCCUGCGGCUCAAUCUCAGCUUCACUUACCGGGAAAGAAGUUCAUGCACAAAUUAUCAAGAAUGGGGUUCAAUCAAAUGUGUAUUUAGGAAGCACUCUUGUGUGGUUCUACUGCAAAUGUGGGGAGUUUGAUGUUGCUUCAAAGGUCCUUGAACAGAUGCCAUUUAAGAAUGUUGUAUCGUGGACUGCCAUGAUUUCUGGUUGUGCAGGUCUCGGGUAUGAAUCUGAAGCUCUCGAGUUUUUGAAAGAAAUGAUGGAGGAAGGCGUAGAACCUAAUGAAUAUACAUAUUCAUCAGCUCUAAAAGCUUGUGCUAAUCUUGAAACUGUUCUACAAGGAAAAUUGAUUCACUCAUUUGCCAAUAAGACCCCUGCCUCAUCCAAUGUGUUCGUCGGCAGUGCCUUAAUAUACAUGUAUUCCAAAUGCGGACAUUUAUCAGAUGCAAUUCAAGUUUUCGACAGCAUGCCAGAGCGGAACUUAAUUGCGUGGAAGACGAUGAUUUUGAGUUACGCAAGGAACGGAUUCUGCCGAGAGGCUUUAAAGCUUAUGUAUCGUAUGGAGGCAGAGGGCAUUGAAGUGGAUAAUUACAUCUAUACUUCAGUGAUGAGUUCAUGUGGUGAUGUAGAUUGGAAUGCAGAGUCUUCAUCCGAGUAUUGUUUGCGGUCUUAGUAAACUGCAUUUGCAGUUUACGGGCAUUAUUGUAAACUUGUACUAAUAUUUUUGUCUUCGGGAGAGAUGAGGAGGAAACAAAUAUUUUGAAGUUAGAUAAACACUCCCAUUUGUAGGAAAUUGAUGUAAAUAAUAAUGGAAAUAUAAUUUGUAGGAGGAUUUAUAGUCCAUUUGGUACCAAAACUUUUCCAAACUAUGAAUUUAGUUUUUUUCUGUUACA